AUGUUGGGCAGCGGGGCUAAGGCGACCGGGUUUCGCGGCGGGAGCUGUGGUGGGGCUGGGCGGCGGGACGGGGGGCAGGUCGGGGUUCGUAAUAAUUACUCUUUCUCUCUUCAGGAAAUACACAUAAAAGAAUGCAUAGAAAAAGAAGUAAAUCCUCACUUAUUACCAGGUGAACUGUUGCUUUGUGAGGCAAGCACAGUGUACAAGUAUAUACAAGAAGAUGGGUCAAAUCGUGGCACCUACGGGAAACUUGUAUGCACAAACUUCAAGAUUGCUUUCCUUGAUGAUGAUUCUGCUUCGGACGAUAACGAGCCACAACUUAAGAAUAAGAUUGUAGGAGAAAACGACAUAACCCUGCAAUGUGUAGAUCAAAUCUAUGGAGUUUAUGAUGAGAAAAAGAAACUUCUAACUGGACAAUUGAGAAAAUACCCAGAGAAGCUAAUUAUCUACUGUAAAGAUCUUAGAGUAUUUCAUUUCUGCCUGAGAUACACAAAAGAAGAAGAAGUGAAAAGAAUCGUCAGUGGCAUAGUUCAUCAUAGCCAGACUCCUAAGCUGCUUAAACGCUUGUUUCUGUUCUCUUACGCAUCAGCAGCCCCAAACUAUACAGAUGGAAGAAACCAGACUGUGAUGUUUGAUACUCUUGAGGACUGGCGUGAUGAGUUGGAGCGGACCAAAGGGAAUGUGAAAUACAAAGCAGUGACUAUCAAUGAAGGCUACAGAGUUUCUGAAAAGCUGCCUUUGUAUUUUGUUGUUCCCAUAUGCGUUUCUGAAGAGAGUAUCUUGAAGUAUGAAGGCAGAGGCAUUCCUGUAAGUAUAUAUGCAUUGCUGAGGGUAAGAAAUCUUAUUGAGAAGGCAUAA